AUGUUGGAGGCGGCCGUGGCGGUAGUGGAGUUGCAGGCACCGGUGGUUCGGUGAAACUUCAGAACCAAGACAGGUCUUCACUGAAGGAAUUGAAAGAGCCCAGAAAGCCAGCCCAGCCAUGUUAUGAAAGUAGUUAUGAGCAUUCCCCCCUCAUUUUUAAAGGACCUUCGUUGAAAUCAGCAAAUUAGAGCAUUUGCUAAAUCAGAACUUGGAGAGAAGAGCUUCAAAAUGCAGCUUGUUGCAGUGUUUUGCGGCACUAUCAUAACUUUGUUGUUUCGCUAUCAAGGUGCGGCGGGCAGCACGGAGUGCCCGUGCGGGCGGAACCACUUCACCUGCGCCGUCAGCGCGUUCGACGAGUGCACCUGCAUCCCGGCGCAGUGGCAGUGCGACGGCGACAACGACUGCGGCGACCACAGCGACGAGGACGGCUGCAUGCUGCCCACCUGCUCCCCCCUGGACUUCCACUGCGACAACGGCAAGUGCAUCCGACGCUCCUGGGUCUGCGACGGAGACAACGACUGCGAGGACGACUCGGACGAGCAGGACUGCCCUCCCAGGGAGUGCGAGGAGGAUGAGUUCCACUGCCAGAACGGCUACUGCAUCCGCAGCCUGUGGCACUGCGACGGGGACAACGACUGUGGGGACAACAGCGACGAGCAGUGCGACAUGAGGAAGUGCUCGGACAAAGAGUUCCGUUGUACGGACGGGAGCUGCAUCGCCGAGCACUGGUACUGCGACGGCGACACGGACUGCAAGGACGGCUCCGACGAGGAGAACUGCCCCUCUGACGUGCUGACGGCCACCUGUAGCGUGGAGGAGUUCCAGUGCGCCUACGGACGCUGCAUCCUGGACAUCUAUCACUGCGACGGGGACGACGACUGCGGGGACUGGUCCGACGAGUCCGACUGCUCGUCCCACCAGCCCUGCCGCUCGGUGGAGUUCAUGUGCAGCAGCGGCAUGUGCAUCAACGCCGGCUGGAGGUGCGACGGGGAGACCGACUGCGACGACCAAUCAGAUGAGAGGAACUGCACCUCCUCCAUGUGCACCACCGAUCAGUUCCGCUGCGCUUCAGGCCGCUGCGUGCGGUUGUCAUGGCGAUGCGAUGGCGAAGACGACUGCUCGGACGGCAGCGACGAAGACAGCUGCGAGAAAACAGACAGCCCGCCCUGCGCCCCGGACCAGUUCCUGUGCGGGAACGGCCGCUGCAUUGGCCAGAGGAAGGUGUGCAACCAGGUCAGCGACUGUGGCGACGGCACGGACGAGCUGCCGCACCAGGACUGCCGCCCCAGGUCCAGCGAGGGGAACUGCAACACCAACAACGGCGGCUGCUCGCAGAAGUGCCAGAUGGCUCGGGGACUGGUGCAGUGCACCUGCCACACGGGCUACCGGCUGCGGGAGGACGGCCGCUCCUGCCAGGAUGUGGACGAAUGUGCAGAGGAGGGCUACUGCAGCCAGGGCUGUACCAACACGGAGGGGGGGUUCCAGUGCUGGUGCGUGCAGGGGUACGAGCUGAGGCCGGACAAGCGCAGCUGCAAGGCGCUGGGGCCGGAGCCCGUGCUGCUGUUCGCCAACCGCAUAGACAUCCGGCAGGUGCUGCCGCACCGGUCCGAGUACACGCUGCUGCUCAACAACCUGGAGAACGCCAUCGCCCUGGACUUCCACCACGGCCGCGAGCUGGUCUUCUGGUCCGACGUCACGCUGGACCGCAUCGCCAGGGCCAACCUCAACGGCAGCGGCGUGGAGGAGGUGGUCUCCACCGGCCUGGAGAGCCCAGGAGGGCUGGCCAUCGACUGGAUCCACGACAAGCUGUACUGGACCGACUCCGGGACGUCCCGCAUCGAGGUGGCCAACCUGGACGGGACGCACCGGAAGGUCCUGCUCUGGCAGAGCAUGGAGAAGCCCCGCGCCAUCGCCCUGCACCCCAUCGAGGGUAAGAUCUACUGGACGGACUGGGGGAACACCCCGCGCAUCGAGUACGCCGACAUGGACGGCUCCAGCCGGCGCGUCAUCGCGGACACCCACCUCUUCUGGCCCAACGGGCUGACCAUCGACUACGCCGGGCGCCGCAUGUACUGGGUGGACGCCAAGCACCACGUGAUCGAGCGCGCCGACCUGGACGGGCGCAACAGGAAGGCGGUCAUCAGCCAAGGUCUUCCCCACCCCUUCGCCAUCACCGUGUUCGAGGACAGCCUGUACUGGACCGACUGGCACACCAAGAGCAUCAACAGCGCCAACAAGUUCACCGGCAAGAACCAGGAGAUCAUCCGCAACAAGCUGCACUUCCCCAUGGACAUCCACACGCUGCACCCGCAGCGGCAGCCCGCAGGUGGCCGGAACCGGUGCGGGAGCAACAACGGCGGCUGCAGCCACCUGUGCCUGCCUAGCAACAAGACCUACACGUGCGCCUGCCCCACCGGCUUCAAGAAGGUCGACAGCUUCACCUGCGCGGAGAGUCUUGACACGUUCCUGCUUUUUGCCCGAAGGACGGACGUCCGUCGGAUCAGCUUCGACACGGCGGACGCGUCGGACGUCGUCGUCCCGCUGGCGGACGUGCGCAACGCCGUGGCGCUGGACUGGGACUCCCGCGGCGAGCGCGUCUACUGGACGGACGUGGCCACCGACUCCGUCAACCGCGCCAAGUGGGACGGGUCCGAGCAGGAGGUUGUUGUCGACACCAGUUUGGAGAGUCCCGCAGGGCUUGCUCUGGAUUGGGUGACCCAAAAGCUGUACUGGACCGACGCAGGCACGGACCGAAUCGAGGUUUCCAACGGCGACGGGAGCAUGCGCACGGUGCUGAUCUGGGAGAACCUGGACCGGCCCCGGGACAUCGUGGUGGACCCUAUCGGGGGGUACAUGUACUGGACAGACUGGGGGGCCAGCCCCAAGAUCGAGAGAGCCGGCAUGGACGCCUCCAACCGCCUGGUCAUCAUCUCGUCCAACCUGACCUGGCCCAACGGCCUGGCCGUCGACUACGAGACCGAGCGGCUGUACUGGACCGACGCGGGGAUGAAGACCAUCGAGCACGCCCACUUCGACGGCUCCGAGAGAAAGGUGCUGAUUGGCAGCCAGUUGCCCCACCCCUUUGGCCUGACCCUCCACGAGGACAAGAUCUACUGGACGGACUGGCAGUCCAAGAACAUCCAGAGCGCCGACAAGAACACCGGCCUGGGCCGCUCCACGCUGGCCCAGAACCUGGAGAACCUGAUGGACAUCCACAUGUUCCACCGGCAACGCUCUCCAGUGCGGACGCCGUGCGCGGUGAACAACGGGGGCUGCAGCCACCUCUGCCUCCUGGCCCCCCUGCCCAAGGCCUCCAGCUGUGCCUGUCCCACCGGCGUCAACCUGCAGGUGGAUGGGAAGACCUGCACCCAUGGAAUGAGCAGCUUCCUGGUUUUCGCCCGGAGAACGGACAUCCGCAUGGUGUCCCUGGACAUACCCUACUUCGCGGACGUGGUGCUGGCCGUAAACGGGUCCAUGAAGAACACCAUCGCCAUCGGGGUGGACCCCAAGGAAGGUAAAGUGUACUGGUCCGACAGCACUCUGAACAAAGUGAGCAGGGCCAAUCUGGACGGCGCGGAGUACGAGGACAUCAUCUCCACGGGGCUGAUGACCACAGACGGCCUGGCGGUGGACGCCGUGGGACGGAAGAUUUACUGGACCGACACAGGCACCAACCGCAUCGAGGUGGCCAACCUGGACGGGUCCAUGAGGAAGGUUCUGAUCUGGCAGAGCCUGGACAGCCCGAGGGCCAUCGCGCUCUAUCACGAGAUGGGGUACAUGUACUGGACCGACUGGGGCGAGCACGCCAAGCUGGAGCGGUCCGGCAUGGACGGGUCGGAGCGCGUCGUCCUCAUCAGCAGCAACCUGGGCUGGCCCAACGGGCUGGCCAUCGACAAGGCGGGGUCUCAGCUGCUCUGGGCCGACGCCCACACCGAGCGCAUCGAGGCGGCGGACCUGAGCGGCGCUAACCGGCGGACGCUGGUGUCGCCGGUGCAGCACCCGUACGGCCUGACGCUGCUGGGGCCCCACAUCUACUGGACCGACUGGCAGAGCCGCAGCAUCCAGCGGGCCGACAAGACCACCGGCGCCAACGCCAUCACCGUCCGGGGCAACCUGCCGGGCCUGAUGGACAUACAGGCCGUGGACAGGGAGAGGCCCCUGGGCUUCAACAGGUGCGGGCGGCGGAACGGCGGCUGCAGCCACCUGUGCCUGCCCAACCCCAACGGGACGUCGUGCGCCUGCCCCACGGGCGUCCUGCUGCGGGGCGACGGGCGCGCCUGCGAGGACGGCCCCGAGACCUACCUGCUCUUCUCCAACCGCGUCAGCAUCCGCCGCAUCUCCAUGGACACGGCCGACCGCACCGACGUGCACGUGCCCGUGCCCGAGCUGCACAACGUCAUCUCGCUCGACUACGACAGCGUGGAGGGCAAGGUCUACUACACCGACGUGUCCAUCGAUGUCAUCCGGCGGGCCAACCUGGACGGCAGCGGCAUGGAGACGGUUGUCGGGGAGGGCCUGACCACCACGGACGGGCUGGCGGUGGACUGGGUGGCCCGGAACAUGUACUGGACAGACACGGGCCGCAACACCAUCGAGGUGGCCCGCCUGGACGGCUCCGCUCGCAAGGUCCUGAUCAACGACAGCCUGGACGAGCCGCGGGCCAUCGCCGUCUUCCCCAGCAAAGGGUACCUGUUUUGGACGGACUGGGGUAACAUCGCCAAGAUAGAGAGGGCGCACCUGGACGGGUCCGACCGCAGGGUCCUGAUAAACACAGACCUGGGCUGGCCUAACGGGCUCACCCUGGACUAUGACACGCGCAGAAUAUUCUGGGUGGACGCCCAUCUGGACCGGAUCGAGAGCUCGGACUUGAACGGAAAACUCCGUCAAAUCCUGGUCAGCCCGGUCUCCCACCCGUUCGCCCUCACCCAGUCGAAGCCGGUGUCCUCCGAACUAACCCCUCUCUUCCACCUCUCGCAGCAAGACCGCUGGAUAUACUGGACGGACUGGCAAACCAAGUCCAUCCAGCGCGUAGAUAAGCACACGGGCCGCAGCAAGGAGACGGUGCUGGCCAAUGUAGAGGGCCUAAUGGACAUCAUUGUGGUGUCGCCGCAGCGACAGAGCGGCACCAACCACUGCGGCGUGAACAACGGGGGCUGCACCCACCUCUGCCUCGCCAAGACCAACGGCUUCGCCUGCGCCUGCCCAGACGCGCCGGACGGCAGGCCCUGCUCCACCGUUUCAGGAUAUGUACCGGCGUCACCAGGAAGGACGACGAGCACCCCAUCGCCCAACCAAAUCCAAAAGCCAGUCACUGACAAGCCUCGCUCUGGCCCCCCAGUGGUCAACUGCACAGACAGGAACUUGAGUGCGGAAGGUUGCAUGCAGAACAGUGUCAUAACAGCCUCGCACGGGGAAGGCCUUCACAUCAGCUACGUCAUCGGAGGAGCGCUGACCGUGCUGGCCAUCCUCAUCCUCAUCGCUGCGUUCAUCAUAUACAGACACAAAAAGUCAAAAUUUGCAGACCCAGGAGUGAGCAACCUGACCUACAGCAACCCCUCAUACCGCACGUCUACUCAAGAGGUCAAAAUAGAGACCGUGCAGAAGCCGCCUAUUUAUAACCAGCUACGGUACAAGAAAGAGUCCUCCCAUCCUUACAAUUCCCUUUCACCUUUCACCUUCUGACCCGAUUUCCACAGAGCAGACGAAAGGUAGUCGAACUGCAUGAGGGAGUCGAACCCAAAACCAAAUGUCUCCUUUUGUUACUGGUUUUAAUCGAAGGCGCAGUGCUCUCUCCGCAUGCUACACUGGCCUUGGCGUGUCCUCGAGGACUGCAGUGAAUUUUUAUAUUGAAAAAAAUAAGAUAUGUUUAUUUUAUUUACAAAACUAACCUGUUAAAAUAACCAACAAUGACCUUUAUUCCAGUUAUUUCUUAUGAAGUGCAUUGUGUAGUUGUAUAACAUGAAUUCUGCUCAGAAGCUCAAGUCGUUGAACAGGAACAUUUGUCUUCACGUAUUUUUUGCGCCUGUGCACUUUUUCUCGAACGAAAAAAAAAAAAUUUGCUUCAGCUGGCUAUUUCGUUAGCCUUUGGCCUUUAGCCUUACGUUUGUGUGGACGGUUCGGUUUCGAAGUGUCAAAGUCGAAUUUCUCGAAAGUGUCUGAAAGCGUGGCCUUUCGCAGAUCCGUUCUGAGGGAGCGGAGGAAUCGAGUCUCCUCGCAAAACAAAUUUAUUAACGCAUCGUCAUCCGUUAAGAAGCUGCGAGCGGAUUCGGCGAGACGGCUAACAGCAAGCUUCUCGCUCCCUCCCUCGGCACGCUGAGCAGCAUUAACUGGGAGAGGAGAGACCGCUGCCUCGCUAACGCUACGAUCGAGGAACGCCUGCCCUCACGCGCAGUUCUUAAAGGGGAACUUCACUGUAAAAUCCACCGCUGUCGACGGCAAACCGAUCUGCCAAUUACAACACGCUAAGCUUCCAGUUAUUGUCCACCUUUCCUGGAAAAAUGUACCAAAACGAUACUGUUACCGGAGCAACCACGCUUGAUUUUAACGAGGUAGUGACGCGCAGCACGUCUGGUAAAGAUAUCUGGACCAACCGCAGCUUCGGAAAAUGUUGCUUUUUUUAAGCUUUCCAAAAUUGGAGGGUUCAGUAAAAUACAAUGAUGUGGAAUUAGGGUGUAGUUUCCCUUUAAAGUGACGCGUUUGAGCGCUGGCCGCUGUGUGGAAGCGGCGCUAAUCUUGUUAGCGCUCUUGACGAACGUCUCCCGUCUGGCG